AUGGCGUUCAAGCUACUCAGUUUAUGCUACGAUGACAAUAGGCCUAUUGACAUUGAUCAGUACGAAUAUCAAUUGGCUACGUCACCUUCUCUCUCUAGCAUUCUGGUUCCGGUCUCACAGAUUGACUACGUUACGAACUUCAAUGCCAAAGCAGCGAUACAGCUAGCAAACGGGUUGGCUCCAAACCUGUCUCGGGUGCAUAUUGUCGAGGAAUCAACGAGUGCGAGGUUUGAUCCAUCAGAAGCAGAAGACCCAGAAUGGCGAGGUUUCUUUCAAAAUCGCAAGGAUGGGCACAGACUGCAUGGGGGAAACCUUCAGAGUCUCAGUCUAAGCUCAGUUGGCGUUGAGUAUUUUAAGGCUUGGCAAGAGCAGAAUGCGUUUUCUACCCUUCGAGUUUUACAGCUUUGGGAUGUCUCUGAGAGUGUUCUUAUUGCGGCAGCUAGCUGCCAUAUCCCUUUGUUGAAAUCAUUAACGCUAAGUUUCCCAGGCUGGGAUGCUUAUGAUGAAGCAGCGAGUGCUUUUGUUUCAUCUCUUCGUCCAUUGGAAGCAAUCCGACUGUCUAGCGGCCGAAAGGAACGUACAUUCCAAGCAGCCAUCAAGCACCACGGAAAAUCUCUCACAAUGCUCUCGCUUCUCCCACGUGAGUCCGACCUUUACGAGGUGAUUCCUUCCUUCACCAAUUGGAUCACGCAAAUCCGACUUAAGUGCACAAAUAUCCGCAGUUUGCAGCUCUCUGUGCACCGACGAACACUCAAACAAGAAGUUUCUCUUUUCAGAACUAUUGGAGAGAUUUCUCAUCUCACGAAUCUAUCAUUGCGAUUGAUUUGUGACAACGACAUAGAAGAACAAGAGUCCCUUUUGAACGCGUUAGACUACCCGACCUCAUCGCCCGAGCUUUCACGGACGAUGCUCCAACUAAGCGCGCUUCAUUCCAGUCUCCUAGCACAGGCAAUAUUUUUCACUAUUGCUCAAGAGUCCCUCCUGCAACGCCUGACCCUAGACAUCCGGUGCACAUUGUAUCCCAAACGUGUGGCAGGAUUUCUGAAUUGGUCCUGCUGCAGGUGGAGGUGUCUGCGUGCGAGUGAAAAUAGAAUCAUUGUGCGAGAGCUUGAUAAAGAUGAGGAGUGUAAAGAUUGA